AUGCCGAAGCCUGCGCGCGCUGAGAUCAGCGCGCCCAGGCUUCGCGGACCUCUCCGCGAGCAGCGGCAGCGCUGCCGCUGCUUGCGGAGAGUUGCCGGCAUGCCGAAGCCUGCGCGCGCUGAGAUCAGCGCGCCCAGGCUUCGCGGACCUCUCCGCGAGCAGCGGCAGCGCUGCCGCUGCUUGCGGAGAGUUGCCGGCAUGCCGAGCCUGCGCGCGCUGCGAUCCGCGCGCCCCGGCUUCGCGGACCUCUCCGCGCGCAGCGGCAGCGCUGCGGCUGCUUGCGGAGAGUUGCCGGCAUGCCGAAGCCGGCGCGCGCUGAUAUCAGCGCGCCCAGGCUUCGCGGACCUCUCCGCGAGCAGCGGCAGCGCUGCCGCUGCUUGCGGAGAGUUGCCGGCAUGCCGAGCCUGCGCGCGCUGA